AUGCGCUUCCUUCCAGUCAAUAAUGCAAGCAUGCUCUUGGAGCUCGCAAAUCUUGAGCAAACACUAGCCCUGUUGGCAUCUCUUCAAGCUACACCAGUAUCUGGAAUCAAGGAACUGGUUCCAGCGGCCCGAACCCUGCUCAUUCGCUUUCAGCCGCAAGAAGUGACUGCGAUGCAGUUGGCGAGCGAAAUUAGCAAGCGAGAGCUCUCGGCCAAAUUGCGUCCUUCUAACAACUUGAUUGAAAUCCCGGUCUGCUAUGAUGGGGAAGAUCUUGAGCACGUUGCAAGCCUUACAGGGCUCAGCGUGAAAGAGGUGAUCCGCCGGCAUACAGAGAGUGAAUUGACUGUGGCUUUCUGUGGCUUUACGCCUGGAUUUGCUUAUCUGGUGGGCGGGGAUCCUGCGUUGAAUGUUCCCCGACGGAAGAACCCCCCGUACCCGCAUUCCGGCUGGCUCAGUGGCUAUGGCAGGAUCCUUUAG